AUGGAACUCAGGGCGGCCGAAGAAAACAAAAGUCUGGUGAUCAACAUUCACUGCGCGGACAACACACAGGUCAAGGUCAAGGUGGAUCCGGCUGUAACAGUAGCGGAGCUGUCUACGAACGCCUUCAAGGCCAUCGGUCUGCAGGAUACAUUUGGCUUCGAGAUAUUCAUAAAUAUUUUCGAGAAGUCCUACUCACUUUCUUCGGGUCCGAAACACCUAUUCGACACAAUAUCCUUUUGUGAACAACAUGCAAGAAGCAAGGGUCUGGAGGAGUCUGAACUGCCAUGGUCGUUUUCGAUCAGGAAAACGAUUUUUGCACCCUGGCACGAUGUUAGAUAUGACCCUAUUGCUACAACCCUCAUAUGUUACCAGGUCUGUCAACAAUGCUUCACUGAGGCGCACGAAUCCCUUGAGGAACACGAAUUGGCCUUCCUGCUUGCAAGCAUGUUCCGCCUCUUCCAUGCCAAUGCGGAGGGUAACCUCCAGUUGGACAGAGUUGAUGAUUUGGCUGACAUCAAUUCCUGGCUAGCUGAAAUCCUCAGUACAGAUUGCGACCUUAAGUACUGGCAGAAGGUUGUUGGUACGGCCCUCCGUGAACUUCAAAACCGCUAUCCAUCGCCCACACUCGAAGGCAUGCGUCAGACAAUCGUCACUUUUGCAAAGCUGCAAUGGGCCGAAAUAUUCACCCGCGAGUUUGAGGUAAAGGUGCUGGUUGACGAUAAGACUUCCUACGAUGCGCUAAUUGGGGUUGAAAGCAACGGAAUCCAGUUAUACGAUGAGAGUGGAAAACACUUCACGGCGUUGAAUUUCGUGGAGAUCCAUUCUGUAUGCGUCAAUCCAAUGGGCGAAGGCCUGUCAAAAGUUCUCUCCAUCAAAACGGUCUGGAUGAAAGAAUACAGAUGUGUAACGAACAGGGCGGACGAUAUGAAAGAUUUGAUGGUCUAUCUACUGACAGGUUUGCGCCAGCAAUCCAGAUACGCCGUCGCCACGAAGGAAUUCUCCGCUCCGGACCUCGGAAAUCGAAAGUUCGCCCAGUUGAGGCCUGGCGACUUUCUAGCUUUGGACUGUUUGGGCUGGGAACUUGACCCAAAAGUAGAGCCGGUUGGAGUUCCGAGACCCCCUGGUACUGGUCCAUCCUCGUCUGAUGGUAGUGCUGUGCAAGAUGGGUUCUGUUGCGGCGAGAAUCAACGAACUCUCCAAACCGGAUGGUUCCCCGUCAGCCAUAUCUACCUGCUCCCCACGCUCGGUGUACCGAAGACGGAGUUAAUUAACGCCUUUUCAAAGCUCAUUAAUUCCGCCGAAAACCAAGACUGGCUGAACAGCAUUGGUCCUCAUGGUGAAAAGCUCCGCAAACGCUCGACAGCUAAAGUUCAUCGGCCUGUUAGUGAGGUUUGUUUUCUCAAUAACAGCCGUAGCUACGUCGAUGUGCCUAGCAAUCAUGAUCGACGUUCAGCAACGCACCUUUUGGAGCACGAGACCGUCAGAAGAUCAACGACACCAACUACCCCUACCGUGCCACUAAACACCCUGCAGCACUCGCGCCUUCCUCUGAAGUACCCUUUUGUGUGUGAAGUCGCUAUGGCCAACCGCAAGGUCUACGAGGCUGCAGUGCUCGCCUUCUGUAUCAUUCAAGUAUACAUGGGCGACUGUGAAAAGAUUCCAGCGACGCUCAAAGACGCUCCGGCCAUUGUUCUGACAGAUCUACUAUUCAGCUCAGCCCUCAAUUCCCCCCUCCUGUGCGACGAGCUGUUUAUGCAGUUGAUGAAUCAGCUCACAAAAAAUCCUACAAGCCGGGGUAAUCGCAAGAAACAGCCUCAUCCGAUGGAGCUAGCUGCUGUACGCGAGCGUAAAUCAAAAUUCUCCCAAAAAGUACUCCUACCGGAUGGGAAAUGUCUGAUCGUCUUUCUCCAGUCUGACACGAGGGGUCCAGAUGUCGUCGAUGAGAUCUGCCUAGAGCUGGGUCUCGGCGCCAAAAACGAGUUCGCUGUCUACGUGGAGCUGGACGGUGAAAAACGUUGCAUUCAAGACGAAGAGUUUGUACUGGACUGUUUGCAUUUAACUCUACCGGAUAUGUGGUAUAAGAGCAAAAGGCCACUCCUGGCUCUGCCUUCAACUCCACUCUACUUUAAACGCAAGCUCUGGCUUCAGUCUGCUCCUGGCUUGGGCAGCGUUGCGGAUAACGUCAUCGAUUCUCAUCAGAGACUCGCAAAUGUAGCCAACCAGGGACCCCAGUUGUCUCCUUCUGACGCGCCUCUUGCCUUUCUCAAGAGUCUUGCGAAGGUGUCGACUUUUGGAUGCGCAUUCUUCGAUGUCCAGGUUUGCGUAAAACUUGUCCUGCAUGUCUGA